CUGAAGGGUAAACGUGGAGGGAGCCACCGAGAGGGUCCAAGCAUUUCUCAGAAGCCUGGCAUCCUCUUCCAGGAAGAAAGUGCUCUCUCAAGGCUGUCGGGCUCAGAACACCUUCUGUGCAUGAAAAAGGAACAACAUGCAAGGCAGUUUGUUGCUCUGGUGAUUCGCAAAGAACCAGAGACCAGAGAGUAAGCCAGAAAGGGGGUCUCACCUUCCCUGCAAGGCUGGGUUGUUGCAUCUUGCUGCUGCCUUCUCUGCUACUACUGCUCCUGCAGCUGUCUUCUGUCAUAAGAUCUAUUUAUCUCUAUUUGGGAAUAUUUGAAACUCAACAGCACUUGCAGAGUUUUGAAGGAUGUGAGGUUUCUUAAAGACAGUGAGGGGCUCAACCUAAACAGGCAGGAGCAGCAGCCCGGUAUGCAGCGACUUCCAAGGUGUUGACUGAAAACUUCGAUCUCCCCACCCCAAUCGCGGACAAUACCACUGAUUUCUCACAUCCUUGGCAGGGAAUAUUUCAGUUUAGGUCCCUUUAGAUGGAAUAUAAUACAGCAGAAACCUUUUCAUCACAAGGAUUUAUGCCUGCAUUAUCAUUUCUUCAAUAAAAAAAAAUAAUCAGCAAAUUUAAGUGGUGGAUGCCACAGACACCUCAAACCUGGAUUCCACGCCUGUACAUUAAGUGCUGGAGUUUUCAGUCACUCUGCUGCCGGAAAGCUUUUUCCAAUGCUUACAAGGAACUGCUUACCCCUGCUUCUCUGGGUCCUAUUUGAUGGAGGUCUCCUAACACCACUUCAACCACAGCCACAACAGACUUUAGCCACAGAAUCAAGAGAAAAUGUUAUUCACCUGCCAGGGCAGCGAUCCCAUUUCCAAAGAGCUAAACGUGGCUGGGUAUGGAAUCAGUUUUUUGUGCUGGAGGAAUACAUGGGUUCCGAGCCCCAGUAUGUGGGAAAGCUCCAUUCUGACUUAGACAAGGGAGAGGGCACUGUCAAAUAUACCUUGUCAGGAGAUGGUGCUGGCACUGUGUUCACCAUUGAUGAAACCACGGGGGACAUCCAUGCAAUAAGGAGCCUGGAUCGAGAAGAAAAACCUUUCUACACACUUCGUGCUCAGGCUGUGGACAUAGAAACCAGUAAGCCCCUGGAGCCAGAGUCAGAAUUCAUCAUCAAAGUCCAGGAUAUUAAUGACAACGAGCCAAAGUUUUUGGAUGGACCUUAUGUCGCCAGUGUUCCAGAGAUGUCUCCAGUGGGUGCUUAUGUACUCCAGGUGAAAGCCACGGAUGCUGAUGACCCGACCUAUGGAAACAGUGCCAGAGUUGUAUACAGCAUCCUUCAGGGACAACCUUAUUUCUCUAUUGAUCCCAAGACAGGUGUAAUUAGAACAGCUUUGCCAAACAUGGACAGGGAAGUGAAGGAACAAUACCAAGUCCUCAUCCAAGCUAAGGACAUGGGCGGACAGCUGGGAGGAUUAGCCGGAACAACAAUAGUGAACAUUACCCUCACGGAUGUCAACGACAAUCCACCUCGAUUCCCCAAAAGCAUCUUCCAUCUGAAAGUUCCUGAGUCAUCUCCUAUUGGCUCAGCUAUUGGAAGAAUAAGAGCUGUGGAUCCUGAUUUUGGACCAAAUGCAGAAAUUGAAUACAACAUUGUUCCAGGAGAUGGGGGAAAUUUAUUUGACAUUGUGACAGAUGAGGAUACACAAGAAGGUGUCAUCAAGUUGAAGAAGCCUUUGGAUUUUGAAACAAAGAAAGCUUAUACUUUUAAAGUAGAAGCCUCCAACCUUCACCUUGACCACCGAUUUCACUCUGCGGGACCUUUUAAAGACACGGCCACAGUGAAGAUCAGCGUGAUGGAUGUGGAUGAGCCUCCAGUGUUUAGCAAGCCCCUGUACACCAUGGAGGUUUACGAGGACACACCCGUGGGGACUGUCAUUGGUGCUGUCACUGCGCAAGACCUGGACGUGGGCAGCAGUGCUGUCAGGUAUCUCAUAGACUGGAAGAGUGAUGGGGACAGCUACUUUACAAUAGAUGCAAGUGAAGGAACCGUCGCCACUAAUGAAUUACUAGACAGAGAAAGCACUGCGCAGUAUAAUUUCUCCAUAAUUGCAAGUAAAGUUAGCAACCCACUAUUAGCCAGCAAAGUCAACAUAUUGAUUAAUGUUCUAGAUGUCAAUGAAUUUCCUCCAGAAUUAUCUGUGCCAUAUGAGACAGCUGUGUGUGAAAAUGCCAAACCAGGACAGAUCAUUCAGAUAGUCAGCGCUGCAGACCGUGACCUUUCACCUGCUGGACAGCAAUUCUCCUUUAGAUUAUCACCUGAAGCUGCCAUCAAACCAAAUUUUACAGUCCGUGACUUCAGAAACAACACAGCUGGAAUUGAAACCCAAAGAAAUGGAUACAGCCGCAGGCAGCAAGAGUUAUAUUCUCUUCCUGUUGUAAUAGAAGAUAGCAGUUAUCCUGUCCAGAGCAGCACCAGCACAAUGACUAUUCGAGUUUGUAGAUGUGACUCUGAUGGUACCAUCUUGUCUUGCAAUGUGGAAGCAAUUUUUCUACCUGUGGGACUCAGCACUGGAGCUCUGAUUGCAAUCCUACUGUGCAUUGUUAUACUAUUAGUCAUAGUGGUGCUGUAUGUAGCUCUGCGGAGGCAGAAGAAAAAGGACACACUGAUGACGUCGAAGGAAGACAUCAGAGACAAUGUGAUCCAUUAUGAUGAUGAAGGAGGCGGGGAAGAGGACACCCAGGCUUUCGACAUUGGUGCUCUGAGAAAUCCAAAAGUGAUUGAAGACAACAAAAUCCGCAGGGAUAUCAAGCCCGACUCUCUCUGUUUACCUCGCCAGAGACCACCAAUGGAAGAUAACACAGACAUAAGGGAUUUCAUUAAUCAGAGGCUACAAGAGAAUGAUGUAGACCCAACAGCUCCGCCCUAUGAUUCACUGGCCACAUAUGCCUAUGAAGGAAAUGGGUCGAUAGCAGAGUCUCUGAGCUCAAUAGAUUCUGUCACCACAGAAGCUGACCAGGAUUAUGACUAUCUGAGCGACUGGGGACCCCGCUUUAAAGUCUUGGCAGAUAUGUUUGGAGAAGAAGAGAGUUAUAACCCAGAUAAAGUCACAUAGGGGAAGAGUGAAAGCUAAACCACAAGUAACCAGAAAAAUUUAGGAAAAAAGAAAUUCUAAUAGGACACACGCACACACACACACACACACACACACACACACACACACACGGCUUUAUAAGACAAGAUUUGUUUGAUUAUUUGGUUUCUAGCAAGUUGUUCUAUUUAUCAUAUCGUCAGUUUUGGUUUGUUCUGCCAACACAAGAUAAACCCUCUAUUAUGUAUGUGCUUGGUUUUGUUUUUGUUCCUUUGGAAACCCACUGAGACAAGCUCAGGCCUAUUAAGUACAAUUUCCUGACAUGACAAACUAGAACGAAGAUAGUUAUGUGGCAUCACGGUGGAAGAGUGUUAGAUUUUUCUUAAUUCCACUAAAGUGCCUAUUGAAACUCUUACUUAAAGUUGUGUUAAGUGCACUCUGCUGUGAUGGCAUCGCAGGAUUCAGAGACACAGAAGACAUAAAACAAAGACACAGUCUUAUGUCAAGGAGCAAUAGCAUCAUGCUGACUUCGAAUUCCUCUCCAGGAAAAUGGAAGAAAACUUCUGAACUCCAUUUUCUUAUAAUUCAGAAGACUUUUGUUUUCAUUCUUAAACGAUAUGCCAAAACAUUUGUGUUUACUACCCUUUCAGAAAGUUGAAAUAAAUGUGCUAUCAAAUUCAGUAUCUAAGUCCCAAAUUUUAAAAGCAGUGUUUGGUUUUAAGGUUAGUUCAUAUUUAAAAAUGUAUUCAUUAAAAUGUUUUUUUUCAAAAAAAUAAAUGUUCAAAAAGGAAAUAAAAAAUAUCCCUCUUUAUAAAGAGAGGCCUCAGGGCUAAAACUCUACAUUAAAAUAAACAUUGGCUGCAUUUUAAUUUGUGCUGGUGUGUGGAAAGUUGAAUUUUAAAAUGUCACUAGGCUAUUUAAGUCUUUAUUCAUUAAACAUUUUUGUUGA